UCUCUCUUCUUUCUCUCUACAAUUCUCGCCAUUAUUCCCUUUUUUUCAGCUGAAAUCAACAACUCAGCUUGUUUCUCUCUCUAAACACCUGUUCUAAUCGCUUUCUACACUUAAAGAUUGUCUGGGCUGCUAUUGUGCUAGAUGUUGUUUUAUCUUCAUCGAAGUGAACUUAAGCAAUAAAGAGGAACAUACCCAUUUUCAUUUAAUCAAUGGAUUCAACUGGGGCGAGGCCUAUACGCAUGAGUAAUAGGCUCAGGUCGAGGCCAAAGCUAUUGAGCCAUACAUAUUUUUACUAUAAGCAACCAAUUCAAAAGAAGAAUAAAAGUAAAAAGAGAACAGCGGCUUCUCAGAUUGCCAAGAUGUUGCAGCCUGGGCAUAGGCGGAGGCGUCCUCCCACUUCCAAUUCUGUCACAACCAAUCUUCGCCGUUCUACUAGAAAGAGGAAAAUUUCUAUCAAUCUUGAAGAUUAUGAAACAGACAACUCUGAGACCGAGGAUGAUGACUUAAUGAGGCCAAGAUAUCGUCCUUCUAAAAGAAAACCACCUGAAAACAAUGCUAGUCACGAUGAUUUCUCAACCCCACCAAGACGCAAAAAGAGCCCUGUAAACAAAUAUUUGCCUCGCCGUGAAGGCCUAAGGCCACGUAGGUCGACAACGGCAGCAAGAGAACAAUUAUUCCAAGAAUCAGAGGAUGAUCAGGAAUCCUCAGAAGAAAGAGCUGACCAAGAUGAAAUGGAAAACGGGGAUGAGGUUGAGGGGGAUGGUGUAGAUGAAGGUGAGGGGGAUGGAGGUGAUGAAGUUGAGGGGAAUGGUGGGGAAGAUAGAGAGGAAGAUGGGGAAGACGAAGAGGGUGAAGAAGAAGAACAAGAUGGAAGGAGGAGAUAUGAUCUCCGAAAUCGCUCAGAGGUCCGUAGGCUCUCUCUCGAUAAAGAGAAGCAGAGGCCAAGAUCACCACGAAGAGUUUUGCAUCAGGGGAUGGGUAUGAAGACCGGAAAGGAUGUGAGAAAGGGUGGUUCUCGAGUUCAUAAGAGGCAUCGCUUAUCGAGAAUGGAAGAUUCGGAUGAUUCUCUUCUUGUUGAUGAGUUAGAUCAAGGACCAGGAAUUCCAUGGAUGAGAGCAGGUAAUAGAGGUGGAGCACCAUGGCUUUUCGGAGGAAUGGACAUGCCUGGUAGCACUGCAUGGGGCUUGAAUGUUGCUGCUUCAGGGUGGGGACACCAGAGUGACUCUUUUGGUGCACUUACACCAGGGGUCCAAACUGCUGGUCCAAGUUCCAAAGGAGGAGCAGAUAUCCAGCCUCUACAAGUUGACGAGAAUGUAAGUUUCAAUGACAUAGGAGGUCUAUCAGAGUACAUUGAUGCUUUGAAAGAGAUGGUGUUUUUCCCUCUCCUCUAUCCUGAUUUCUUUGCGAACUAUAACAUCACUCCCCCAAGGGGUGUCUUGUUGUGUGGUCCUCCUGGAACAGGGAAAACUCUGAUUGCAAGAGCAUUGGCUUGUGCUGCAUCAAAGGCUGGUCAGAAGGUUAGCUUUUACAUGCGAAAAGGAGCUGAUGUGCUCAGUAAAUGGGUUGGUGAGGCGGAGAGACAACUGAAAAUGCUGUUCGAAGAAGCCCAAAGAAAUCAGCCUUCCAUUAUUUUUUUUGAUGAGAUAGAUGGGCUCGCUCCUGUGAGGUCUAGCAAGCAAGAACAGAUACACAACUCUAUUGUCUCAACCCUUCUUGCUCUUAUGGACGGCCUUGACUCUAGAGGACAAGUUGUCUUGAUUGGAGCCACCAAUAGGAUUGAUGCCAUUGAUGGGGCACUGAGACGGCCUGGUCGUUUCGAUCGCGAGUUCAAUUUCCCUUUACCUGGCUGCCAGGCACGUGCCGAAAUAUUAGAUAUUCAUACGAGAAAAUGGAAGGAGCCCCCUUCAAAAGAACUAAAAAUGGAACUUGCAGCUAGUUGUGUGGGGUACUGUGGAGCUGAUUUAAAAGCUCUGUGUACUGAAGCUGCAAUCCGGGCCUUCCGUGAAAAAUAUCCUCAAGUAUAUACCAGUGACGACAAGUUUGUGAUAGAUGUUGACUCAGUCCGGGUUGAAAAAUACCAUUUUCUUGAAGCCAUGUCCACCAUUACACCAGCUGCUCAUCGAGGAUCUAUUGUCCAUUCUAGGCCAUUGUCUCCUGUUGUUGCACCAUGUUUGCAGAGACAUCUUCUUAAAAUUAUGGAUCACAUUUCAGAUAUCUUUCCGUCCCUAGGAUCUCUAGAAGUUAGCAAGCUAUCUGGGUUUUCUUAUGGUUCAGCUAUGCCUCUUGUUUACCGGCCUCGGCUUUUGCUCUGUGGAGAUGAAGGUGCUGGCCUGGACCAUAUUGGGCCUGCAGUUCUACAUGAACUGGAAAAGUUCCCUGUGCAUUCUUUGGGGCUUCCUGCUCUCCUCUCUGAUCCUAGUGCAAAAAUACCAGAGGAAGCAUUAGUGCACAUCUUUGGUGAAGCGAGGAGAACAACUCCUUCAAUACUAUAUUUGCCUCAAUUCCAGCUUUGGUGGGAGAACGCACAUGAGCAACUGAAGGCAGUUUUGUUGGCUCUUCUGGAAGAUCUACCAUCAGAUUUUCCUAUGUUGCUACUUGGGACAUCUGCUUCACCAUUAGCUGAAUUAGAUGGAGAGUCAACAUCAGUGUUUGCUCACCGUAAUGUUUAUCAAGUGGAGAAACCCACAUCAGAUGACAAACUUAUGUUUUUUGGUCGAUUGGUUGAAGCUGCUUUCUCUAUCUUAGAUGAAGAGGCCUCAAGCGGAUCCCAAAAGACAUCUUCACUUCCAGAGCUGCCCAAGGCACCAAAGGAGGUCACUGGCCCAAAGUUAUCAGAGGUGAAGGCAAAGGCAGAAGCAGAGGAGCAUGCCUUACGGCGUCUCCGGAUGUGCCUUAGAGAUGUUUGCAACAGAAUUUUUUAUGAUAAAAGGUUUAGCGUGUUCCAUUAUCCAGUUUUGGAUGAAGAUGCCCCUAACUAUCGUUCAAUUGUCCAAAAUCCCAUGGAUAUCGCCACACUACUACAACGUGUUGAUAGUGGCCAUUACCUCACAUGCUCUGCUUUCCAGAAAGACGUGGAUCUCGUCUUAGCAAAUGCAAAAGCCUAUAAUGGUGAUGACUAUAAUGGAACUAGGAUUGUCAGCAGAGCUUAUGAACUUAGAGAUGCGGUACAUGGGAUGCUAUCACAAAUGGACCCUGCCUUGGUCUCAUUCUGUGACAAGAUCGCGGUGCAAGGUGGGCCUUUACGCAUUCCAGAAGAUUCCGGAGCAGCCUGUACAGCUCCAGUUGUUCAGGCAGUGAAUGUCACGAGAGCAAGUGCUCGCCUUCGUAAUGUUCAGCCAGAGGUGAAUCUCUUUCAAAGUUAUGAGGUAUUGAAGAGACAAAAGCGCAGUAAUGAUGCUGAGCAAACAGGAAAUGAAGUCCAUUCAAUCCCUGGUGACCGGCCAAGGACAUCAGAUGGGGAGACGACAAGGCCACAAGUCUCAUCUACCGAAGUUAGUGAGAAAAAUGGUGUCCAAAAUGUAACGGAUAGGUCACCCGAAAAUCCACUUUCUGGGGAUUGUCAAAUGGAAAAUGUGCCAGAAAAUGGAAUUCAGCAGCCAGAAAAUGACACUGGGAGCAGGUCCCAUGAAGUUCCGGCUGACCAAAUUGAGUUGUUAAAGCAGAGAUUUGUGGAGCGUGCAGAUGCAUAUGGAAUUCCUCAGCUCGAGAGGCUCUAUGCACAGGUUGUGCGCAGAAUUUUCGUGGCCAAGGGCAAUGGAGAGGUGGUUGAUAAGCCCUCGGCCUUCAGGUAUUUGUCCAGUUUUGUUGGGGAUGAUGCUAACUUCUGAUGACAGAUGUUUUCGUGAUCUGAUCGAAGAUAAAUUUUCGCGUCUUUUCAUUUC